CGGAGUAGCAGCGGAGUGGCCGCUGCGGGCUGGACGGCCGACCAUGGAGGCGGAUGGGGCCGGGGAGCAGAUGAGACCGCUCCUCACCCGGGGUCCAGAUGAAGAAGCUGUUGUGGAUCUUGGCAAAACCAGCUCAACUGUGAAUACCAAGUUUGAAAAAGAAGAACUAGAGAGUCAUCGAGCUGUGUAUAUUGGUGUUCACGUCCCAUUUAGUAAAGAGAGUCGCCGACGUCAUAGGCAUCGCGGACACAAACAUCAUCACCGGAGAAGAAAAGACAAAGACUCAGACAGAGAAGAUGGACGGGAAUCUCCUUCUUACGACACACCAUCCCAGAGAGUGCAGUUCAUCCUGGGUACUGAAGAUGAUGAUGAAGAGCACAUUCCCCAUGAUCUCUUCACGGAAAUGGAUGAGCUGUGCUACAGAGAUGGAGAAGAGUAUGAAUGGAAAGAAACUGCAAGAUGGCUGAAAUUUGAAGAGGAUGUUGAAGACGGUGGUGACCGGUGGAGUAAGCCUUACGUGGCGACUCUCUCUUUGCACAGUCUUUUUGAGCUGAGAAGUUGCAUCCUAAAUGGAACAGUCAUGCUGGAUAUGAGAGCAAGCACUCUUGAUGAAAUAGCAGAUAUGGUACUGGACAACAUGAUUGCCUCUGGCCAGUUGGACGAGUCCAUAAGAGAGAAUGUCAGAGAAGCCCUUCUGAAGAGGCACCAUCAUCAAAAUGAGAAAAGGUUCACCAGCCGGAUUCCCCUGGUUCGGUCUUUUGCAGAUAUAGGCAAGAAACAUUCUGACCCUCACUUGCUUGAAAGGAAUGGGGAAGGCCUUUCAGCCUCCCACCACUCUUUGCGAACAGGUCUGUCUGCCUCAAACCUUUCAUUGAGAGGAGAAUCACCUUUAUCUCUUCUUCUCACUCAUCUUCUUCCUUCUUCGAGAGCUGGAACCCCUGCAGGCUCGAGAUUUACAACCCCAGUACCCACCCCUCAGAACAGUCCUCCUUCCAGCCCUAGCCUCAGUCGCCUGAACUCCACAAGUUCCGAGCAGAGGCAUCUUCAGGCCCCAGAGCUACUGGUCUCACCUGCCAGUGACGGUAUUCCCACAGUAGUAAUUCAUCCGCCUGAGGAGGACUUAGAAGCACUGCAAGGCCAGGAGCAGAAGAACGAGGAAAAUGUUGACAUAACUUCAGGUAUUUUGGCCUCUCCACAGUCUGCACCUGGAAACUUGGACAGUAGUAAAAGUGGAGAAAUUAAAGGUAAUGGAAGUGGAGGAAGCAGAGAAAAUAGUACUGUUGACUUCAGCAAGGUUGAUAUGAAUUUCAUGAGAAAAAUUCCUUCGGGAGCUGAGGCGUCCAAUGUUCUGGUGGGAGAAGUGGAUUUUUUGGAAAGACCUAUAAUUGCAUUUGUGAGACUGGCUCCUGCUGUUCUUCUCUCAGGGCUGACCGAGGUCCCUGUUCCUACAAGGUUUUUAUUUCUGUUACUGGGUCCGGCGGGCAAGGCGCCGCAGUACCACGAAAUUGGAAGAUCGAUAGCCACCCUCAUGACGGAUGAGAUUUUUCAUGAUGUAGCUUAUAAAGCAAAAGACAGAAAUGACCUCCUAUCUGGAAUUGAUGAAUUUUUAGAUCAAGUGACCGUCCUACCUCCAGGAGAGUGGGACCCUUCCAUACGCAUAGAGCCACCAAAGAGCGUUCCUUCUCAGGAAAAGAGAAAGAUUCCUGUAUUUCCCAAUGGAUCUGCCUCCAACUCGGGUGAGACCCCUAAGGAGGCCGCCCACCAUGCUGGGCCUGAGCUACAGAGGACUGGACGGCUUUUUGGUGGUUUGAUACUUGACAUCAAAAGGAAAGCACCUUUUUUCUUGAGUGACUUCAAGGAUGCAUUAAGUCUGCAGUGCCUGGCCUCGAUUCUUUUCCUAUACUGUGCCUGUAUGUCUCCUGUAAUCACUUUUGGAGGGCUGCUUGGAGAAGCUACAGAAGGCAGAAUAAGUGCAAUAGAGUCUCUUUUUGGAGCAUCAUUAACUGGGAUUGCCUAUUCAUUGUUUGCUGGGCAACCUCUAACAAUAUUGGGGAGCACAGGUCCAGUUUUAGUGUUUGAAAAAAUUUUAUUUAAAUUCUGCAGAGAUUAUCACCUUUCCUAUCUGUCUUUGAGAACCAGUAUUGGUCUGUGGACUUCUUUCUUGUGCAUUGUUUUGGUUGCAACAGAUGCAAGCAGUCUUGUGUGUUACAUCACCCGGUUCACUGAGGAGGCUUUUGCAGCUCUCAUUUGCAUCAUAUUCAUCUACGAGGCUUUGGAGAAGCUCUUUCAUUUAGGAGAAAUAUAUGCAUUUAAUAUGCACAACAGUUUAGAUGAACUGACCAGCUACUCAUGUGUGUGUGUGGAGCCUUCUGACCCGGGCAAUGAAACGCGGAAGGUGUGGGAGGAAAGGAACGUAACAGCACAGGACAUUCCCUGGGGGAACCUCACUGUCUCCGAAUGUAGAAUCUUUCAUGGUACAUUUGUAGGAUCAGCUUGUAGUCUCCAUGGACCUUACAUUCCAGAUGUGCUCUUUUGGUGUGUCAUCUUAUUUUUCACAACAUUUUUUCUGUCUUCAUUCCUCAAGCAAUUCAAGACCAAGCGCUAUUUUCCUACCAAGGUGCGAUCCACAAUCAGUGACUUUGCUGUGUUUCUCACCAUAGUAAUAAUGGUUGCAAUUGACUACCUUGUAGGAAUUCCAUCUCCUAAACUUCAAGUGCCUGAAAAAUUCGAGCCUACUGAUACAAAUAGGGGCUGGAUCAUAAGCCCAUUGGGGGAGAACCCCUGGUGGACCUUGCUAAUAGCUGCCGUUCCAGCUCUGCUCUGUACCAUUCUCAUCUUUAUGGACCAACAAAUCACAGCUGUAAUCAUAAACAGAAAGGAGCACAAGCUGAAGAAAGGAGCUGGCUAUCACCUUGACUUGCUGGUGGUUGGUGUUAUGUUGGGAGUCUGCUCUGUCAUGGGACUUCCGUGGUUUGUGGCUGCGACAGUGUUGUCCAUAAGUCAUGUCAACAGCCUGAAAGUUGAAUCCGAAUGUUCUGCUCCAGGGGAACAACCCAAAUUUUUGGGAAUUCGUGAACAGCGGGUUACAGGACUGAUGAUUUUUAUUCUAAUGGGCCUGUCUGUGUUCAUGACUUCAGUACUAAAGUUUAUUCCAAUGCCUGUUCUGUAUGGUGUUUUCCUUUAUAUGGGAGUUUCCUCAUUAAAAGGAAUCCAGUUUUUUGACCGUAUAAAAUUAUUUGGAAUGCCCGCUAAACACCAGCCCGACCUGAUUUACCUCCGCUACGUACCUCUCUGGAAGGUCCACGUCUUCACAGUUGUCCAGCUCACCUGUCUGGUCCUCUUGUGGGUGAUAAAAGCUUCAGCUGCUGCAGUGGUUUUUCCCAUGAUGGUUCUUGCAUUAGUCUUUGUACGCAAACUCAUGGAUCUGUGUUUCACAAAAAGAGAGCUUAGUUGGCUUGAUGAUCUCAUGCCAGAAAGUAAGAAAAAGAAAGAAGAUGACAAAAAGAAAAAAGAGAAAGAGGAAGCUGAGCGAAUGCUUCAAGCUGGUGAAGAUACUGUGCAUCUUCCAUUUGAAGGGGGAAGCCUCUUGCAGAUUCCAGUUAAGGCGCUAAAAUACAGUGUUGAUCCCUCAGUUGUUAACAUAUCAGAUGAAAUGGCCAAAACUGCACAGUGGAAGGCACUGUCCAUGAAUACUGAGAAUGCCAAAGUAACCAGAUCUAACACGAGCCCUGAGAAACCUGUAAGUGUGAAAAUAAAUUUUGAAGAUGAACCAACAAAGAAAUACAUGGAUGCUGAAACUUCAUUAUAGAAUCAAACCAAGAGGAAUUAUUUAUAUAGAGAUAUAUAUAUACAUAUAUAUGUGUGUGUAUGUACAAUGUGUGUGUUUCAUGUCACUGUAUAUAACAAUAUUGUGUGUCAUGCCAUUUAUGCAUGACUGCUGGGUUUUUUGAAGUAGUGUUUGAGGUUUGUUAGGAGCACCAUGGAGACUGUGCAUAUAAUGAAAUGGUCUCUUGGAAGUGAGGUACAUGGUUCUUACUCAAAUAUUUAUUUUUCUGUUGGAAAUUUUUUUUCUCUUCUGCAGUAGAAAAAUGUGGGGAAAUGCAUUCAGUCUACUUUUCUUUAAAUCUCUUUGUUCAUCAAUGGCUAUCCAUACCAACCUUAAGUGAUACGUGUUUAAAUUUCUUCAUUGAGUUACUAGAAAUGUUCCCGUAUUACUCCCCUUCUGCUAGUGCUUUGUGGGACAAGCAGGGCGUCUGCCAGGGCUGGGGCACAGGUGCGGUGGUGUCCUGGCUGCUGUGAGGGUAUCGUGUUAUGUGCACGUCCAUCAUGUGUCACAGGUGACGGGAACUUUUUGGCUAUAGAGAUAGAACAGUGGAAACUUGCUAGAUGAGAACUAUGAUUUUGACCUUUAUGUCCUAAAAGUUUAUUUUAAACUUUAAAACCUCCACAUCUAGGUUUCCUUUCUGAUAGACAAGUAUAAUUGCAGGUGAUUUUAUAAUUUAACUCCCAUACCACUCAUUAGUUUAUGAAUUUCAACAGCUAUAAAAUACCAAUUUACAAUAAAUCUUGUUGCCUUUGUAGAAAUUUUUUUCUGAAUCCUAGUAGUCUGUUAGAGCCCCAAAUGCCCACUCUGUUCUCUGCCUUUGCUGUUGUCUUUUACUUAAAAUGUGGUUUAGUUUGUAUCAGGUUCAAGUUCUUGAUUAUUUUUAUAUUAUAAGUAGUAUGAUUAAAUAAUCAGGAGUCAGAAUUCUCUUAAGUGGGUUUAUGAUCAGUGUUACUUUAUUAAGAAUUACCUUUCAUUUUCUGUUUAUGUUCUUUGUGUUGUAUAGGUAAUAUUUAAUAGAUUGUUAUAUGUGAUUUCAUUUUAAAAUAUUUUAUUUAUUUUAAUUGAUAUGAUGCUUAAAUAUUAUAUAAACAUUUGAAAAGGUAACAAAUAUAGAGUAAAUUGUUAAUGUAAAUAGUUGGUGCUCACUUGCAUUUAUGGCUUAUUAUCUGAAAGCAGUUGAUAGAUUUUACAUCUUUGAUAUAAAGCACUGCCAUAUUUGUAUUUUAAAAGAAAUUUAGACUUAUUAUGUAUAGUUCAAAUUAAUGACAUUCUUCCUAGUUUGUGGUUGUAUGCUUUAUUUAGAUUUUGCUUUUCUGAGCUAUCUUUUUUAACUUCUACCAAAUCUUUUUAGUCAUCUUUUAUAUACUUUUAAAUAGCUCCAUAUGAAAUAAAUAAAUGUCGUUCUUGUUGAGCCUGUAGGACUGGAUGAAUGGGGUUGUGAAACUGACUUGGCAAGAGGAUGAUUUCUAAAAACCAAAUGAGUAUUUAGAAGCCACUGAAAUAUUGAAAAUAAUAACAUGAAUUUUAGGAUGAAAAUUUUAAUGAAAUUCUGAUGCUCCGUUUAAUCGUUUGUAAUUAAAGUACAGAAAGUAUGAAGAAUUGAUCUUGUAGAAGAUCAUGAGCAAUGCCAGAAGCUGAUAUUUUAACAAUCCAUUCUAAACUACUUAACUGAUAAAAUUAUUUCUAGUUAAAAUAAUGGAUUCAACUUCUGGCUCAUAUGGAGGUUGGAAAUGUAGCUGAUUUUCUUUAGAAAAUGUAGCCGGCAUCAUUUGGCACUGCCUAAAGAAUAGAGAUGCUAUGGGCCCUUGAUGAGACAGUAUUACCCACGGUGCUUGUUACUGUUUAUGAGCUUCCAUGGAAGUGAUUCCUUUUUAUUCACAGCAGCAUAAUCAUCUCCAAAGACCCCAGUAUUUGCUGCUGUGAUUUUGUAAACUCCCCUGAUGAACCUAAACAAGAGGACUUUCUCACACCAUUCCCUUGUGUCUGGAUGUCAUAGGGUUAACAAAAAUGCUUAUUUUACAGGAAGUAAUUUUAAAAUUUAAACUGAAAACUACCUGGGAUCAUAGUGUUUAUGUGCUUUUAUUUAUGAAUACUAGUUGUCCCGUGCCUGAAGAACCAUGACUUGCAAAAUGCUUUGCAUUCGGUGUUUUUCUCUGUU